GAAGAUCGAAAUACCGUUUCUCACAGUCACAGAAUUGUUUUUUUAUGUAUAUAUAUUCUUCUGUAAACUGCUUUGGCAACAUGUGUUUGUUAAUGCCAAUAAAGCUAAUUGAAUAGAGCGAGAGAGAGAGCGAGAGCGAGAGAGAGAGAGAGAGAGCGAGAGAGACCAUCCUUUUAUCUUUAUCUAGUGAGUGAGUGUCGUCGUUGUCGUCGAGUUGGGCUGAGUUAUCCUGAAUUUACUAUAAACCCGAGGACUCAAGCCUCAGGUGACGUUUCAUCAUGGCGGAAAUGGACCAGAGUCAAAUGUCUCUGCUCAGUCUGGAGGAUGAUCUGAGCUGCAGCAUCUGUCUGUGUCCCUUUGACUGUCCGGUGACCAUCCCCUGCGGACACAACUUCUGCCAGGACUGCCUCCUCGCCACCUGGAAGGACUCCUACAGCUGUCCUCAGUGUCGGACAUACUUCGCCACCAAACCGGAGCUGAAGAAAAACACCGUCCUCAGCGCCGUCGUGGAGACCUUUAACUUGAGGACGACCAAGCGCGAGGCCAGCCUGAUGAUAGAAGAGGAGAGCAAAGCGGAGAAAGAGGAUGUCAUACGUUGUGAUACUUGUAUGGAAGCAGAAGCGUCGCAGACCUGCCUCACGUGCAUGGCCUCUUUCUGUGAGGAGCACCUGCGGCCUCACCGGGAAAACCCAACAUAUAGUGUCCACCAGCUGAGUGAGCCUGUCGGUGACCUGGCUGAGCGUAUCUGCCCGGACCACCACAAGCUGAUGGAGCUCUUCUGCAGCCAACAUGGCCGUCCUAUCUGCAGCCUUUGCCUCCAACAAGUCCACAAAGGCUGCUCCUUCACGUCCCCCGAGGAGCAGAGGAACCUGAAAGAGUCCGACCUGAGAGGCAAGUUGACUUUGCUGGAUGGGAAGAUUACGAAGAACGAGAGCGUUCUAUCUCUAAUGGGGGACAUGCAGGACAAGCUGAAGGACUCUGCGACCAACAGGAAGAAGGCUUUGGCAGCUGAAUAUCAGCAGAUGCGGGACAUGUUGGCCCGAGAGGAGCGUGAUGCUCUGAAUGCUGUGGACCGCGAGCUGGAGGGUGGUCAGACUAAACUUAAGGGUCUCGGGAAGAAGUUCAGUGAGAACGUUGUUAAUAUGAGCAAAGCUAAAGAAGACAUCCACAGUCAUCUGAGUCAGUCCCAAACUCAGGCCUUCCUACAGGUUUCAUUUAACCUGCCCCAGGCCAUAAACUUCGAACCUUUCACCCCUCGAAUUAACCUGGACUCAAAGAAGGUGAUUGCAACACAAGCCUUUUCUGCUGCUUUGAAGGAGCAUCUGACAGAAAUGCUUAAACAGCCUGUUGAGUCCAGACUACUGAAACUUAAACAAGGUGAAUGUGCAGAUGAAAAAGCAGUUCAAGGCUCAGCACCUGGAAGUACUGAAUCUCAGCCGGAAUCUGAAAUAACCAAGCCUCCCAAGCAGAAAAGACCGCCCAGGUCCCACAGUCCAGGUUGUCCACCCAUCCAGCCAUUAUUCCAUCCAGCUCCUGGUCAUAUGGGGUCACAUCCACACUUCAAUGCACCCCCGUAUCCACCAGGCCAUUUUAGGGAUCCUCGAUUUAUGGCAGGACAAAAUACAAAUAUUAACACUGGCAUUUUAGGACCUUAUGGGGGAUUUAAACCUUUCAGCCCUGAAACUUACAAGGAAUCUGAGCCACAAAGGACAGGUUCAGGUUAUCAACCCAAAGAAGGCCCAAAGAAGAGAUCUCAUAAAAAAAAACCUGCCCAAGCCACAAAAGACAAUAUGGAAAAAGAUAAUCAAGCCCGUUCAAUGGAAAACCUGUUGGAUAUAAGUGGGAAAGACCAAACCAGAUGCGGUACUCCUCCAGCUGAUUCCAAAGAGAAACCAGAAUCGUUGGACAUUCCACCAAACAUAACAUCUGCUGAAAAAAGAACCGAACUUCUGAAAUAUGGUACCGUACUCACUUUGGAUCCAAAGACGGCCCACAAACGCAUCGCACUGAGUGAGGGCUUCACUAAGGCCUCUGUGUCAGAUGAACACAUAAACUAUCCCGACUGCCCUGAACGCUUCACUGUCUGCUCCCAGGUGCUUACCGCCCAGAGUUUCUCUCGAGGCCGCCACUACUGGGAAGUCCGACUCAGCAGCAACAAUUUCAUUGGCGUAGGCUUGGCUUACAGAAGCAUUGACCGCAAAGGUCCCACCAGUCGACUGGGCCGCAACGCCCAGUCCUGGUGUGUCGAGUGGUUUAACGUCAAGCUGUCCGCUUGGUAUAACAGCAGCGAGACGGUGCUGGUUAAUCCCAAUCCAAAGCGCGUAGGUGUGCUCUUGGAUUGUGAGGAGGGCACUGCUACGUUCUAUAACGUGGCAGACAGGGCAUAUCCCUUCCAUUCUUUUGUGUUCCCCUUUGGCCAAGCUGUGUGCCCAGCUUUCUGGAUUUUCUCGAGUGGCUCCUCCAUUACUUUGUCCAAGCUGCAGGCAUGAGGAGAUAUGCACAUAUAUGGCAUGCAGGCACAUACAUAAUACACACGGGUCAGGGCCUUUUGCUAAAUACGCUUAAUAAUAAUGGGAAAAACUCUUUGCUAGUUGUACUUGGAUCAAGAGGCUUACCAGUUAUUGCCCCCCAGCUAACAUUUUUGUCAAGUGCUGUCUUUGUUAAAAAGUAGGAAAUCAAUGCUUCCUCUACAGUUGAAACUGAAAGGCAUUUUGUGCUUUGGAAUGGGUGAAACAAUGAUUAUCCCCACGAUUAGUGCUCACUGCUAAACGCCCUUCUGUUAGCUCUGCAUUAAACCAAGAAAGUGAAGGAAUAGAUGAAGGUGGGUCUGGGAAUAUCGAUCCACAGACAGCUUCACAACUGAAAUAGAUGUCCAAACUUAAUGGCACGUCAUAGCUCAAGUCCUUAGCUGUUGUUUGUUGUUGUUGUUGUUGUUGUUGUUGUCGUUGUUAGCUAUACUAGCUGAGACUUACAGCAGCUGAAUUUGUGGUUAUGUGACCAAAGAAAUUAAGAUGGCUUUUCAAAUCACAGCAACAUAAGCAACACGCCUUGUGUGUUCCAGUCUAUAAACUGCAUCCCGAGUGAUUUGGACACAUUUAAGCGUCCCACUUACUGCAUAAGAGGAAUUUUAAAAAUAACAUAAAAAUGUGUUUUUAAAGCCAUAUUAUGUCUUGUGUGCAGAAGGAAUAUACACAUCAUGCUGUGUUUGAUAGCAAAAGAUGAGCAGGAUGAUGAUUUCAAUAAACUUAAUUGAAACGAAUACAAAGAGUAUAAAGCAGGUAAUCAACAUUAUAACAAAAAAGCCAAGUGUGCUGUCAGUCACCUUCAGCCAGUGCCUCGAUAGGAGGAAGCUGGGAGAAGUGGGAGCUGGGUUUUCUUGUGUUGGUUUAAAUUUUUGAUUGACAAGAUAUGAUCUGCUUCUCCUCUACUAGGAUUAUAACAGAACACACGCUGUGCACUUACCGUACAGCAGUUGUGUGUUCCUGUAUUGUGAAUGUGACUGGAUAAAGAAGUGAAUUAUUACAUCACUCUCCAGCAUGUCAGUACAGUGUUUUCAUACGUCUGUAUGUGAAAAGUGAUGGUGAUUGUUUUGGAGUGAACCUAACCCUAAAGGUUAUAGGGCUGGGCUAUGGGGAAGAAAUGUGAUCAAGAUUUUUUUUUUUUCCCCAUAUCAUUCUGAUGAUAUCAAAACAAUAUUCAACCAACCCUGUUAAAAUAGUUGUACACUUCUAGAAGAUUGUAGGACGGUGUAUUAGGUAGUCAAGAAAAUAAAAAUAAGGCCAAGUGUGCUGUCAGUCACCUUACGAGAAAGAGAUUAAGUUGUAAAUUUACAAGAAAAAGAUUCUCUGAGAUUAUAAAGGCAUACAUUAGUGAGAGGUUUUCUUUUCCUCACAAAUGUAUACCUUUAUAUACACUCAGAAUAUUGAAUUUUCUUUCUCGUAAAUGGACGAAUAUUAGCCCUCUCUCCCACCUUCGUAUUUUAACCUUCAAUGGUCCUGAUACGCUGUCGUAAGAUUACAAUGUGAUUGGCUAGAUCAAAUCAAAGUCAGCGAUUUAAUAUCGUUUAUUUUGAAAUGUCCACCGGUGGUGUCACAAGUUUAUUAACCGGUGGCAAAUUUUCCUCACCGUGGCAUCCUUACCCUAUUGACGAUGUAUUGAAUCUUUGUUUAUCAAGAUAAGUGCAUAUAUCGUUCAUAUCAUCCAACCCUAUAUGGUCACUUCCUCAACUCUUUGACUGAUUCGGCUGAUGGGAAGGCAAGUCAUAUAGACGGUUUUCAUCAAAUUCUGACAGUCUCUCUUUCCUUUUGAUACAUUUUUGGGGAAUUUUACCUUUUUUUUUUCUUGGUGAAGCUUGAGCCAGGAAAUAAUGGGGAAGUGAGAGAAAGAUGACAUGCAGCAAUGAUGCUGGGCAACAUUUUAACCCAGGGUGUCGCACUUGCAUGAUGUACAACAUAGAAAUAAAAUACUAUACAAUUUUACAUCUAUGGUAGGCACAUUCAACCAACGAGCUAUCGGAGUGCUCUGUUGGUAAGGUGGUAGGGUGGUAAGAUAUAUAGAUUCACAGGGGUUAAUUAUUUGUUGUGUGAUACAAAGUUUACCCCGGCUUGUAAGAUGACGAUGUACCACGUUCAUGCUCAUCUUGCAGGUGCUGAAAACGUGAAACGACAAACUGUAUGGGUGUCAACAAGCAGUAGAGAUCUGUCUACGCAACAUGCUAUACGUACCGUUAACAGUGAAGUUAGCUGUCCAAACAUGGUUCUCUUUGUUCUACUAACCGCACUGCUUUCAAGUGGUUCAGAAAUCACUUUUGUCCUUGGUGACUUAGCUGAUAAACUGGCAAAGGUUUGCACAUGAUGACUGCUGUUGUGAAUUCAUCACUUAACUGUUGGUUAAGUUCAAAUAUCUCUGAGCAUUUCAGACAAUGCACUUCAGGUACACACCAUGUUAUCUUGAGGCUACAUGCCAAUAUCUGAAGGAACAGUACAUCAUUGCAUGUAAAGUCUGAACCUGUAUAGUGAAAUCUGCUGUUUUCACUCUUAAUCACCACAAUGGAGAAUUGUGGUUUGGGACAGACAGCACUGCAGACUCCAGUGGCUUGCAGAUCAUUUUGUUUGGUUGCUGAUCCUUAACUGAACUUUUGCAAAUUUUUCGUUGUAUCUUAUUUUGUCGAUGGUACCAGUACAUCAAACCAAACUAAUCUUUGUAAAAUGCUUCAUGUGUAGUGGUGGUUUUCUGUAUACAUAUUUAUGCGAUUUGUCUUAAAAUUCCAAAGAUUAUUUGUUAUUAGUUUAAUCAAAAUCAUUUUGUAAUGUAAAUUAACCAAUGCCUGCUAUUAAUAAAGGAUGUUUUCCUCUCUGA